UUUUUGCACCUCAGCAAGCACCAACACACACACACACACAAGAAAUGGCGAUGGCUAGGACGACGACGCUCCUCCUCGUCGCCGCAGCUCUCCUCGCGGCCUCAUGCAGCGCAUGGGAGGUCAACAUCCGCAUGCCGACGUCGGCGGCGGACGUGGACGAGGCGGUGGUGGCGCCGCUGAUCCACGCGCUGCGGCCGCUGCUGGGCUCCGGCAAGCACGCCGGAGUGGCGUGCGACAGCUGGGUGCUGGGGGUGGAGGCGCACAACGUGCGGGACUGGAAGACGGUGCCCGCGAGCUGCGAGGGCUACGUCGGGCACUACAUGCUCGGCAGCCAUUUCCGCCGCGACUCCAAGGUCGUCAUCGACCAGGCCCUCGCCUACGUCGACUCCCUCAAGCUCGCCGGCAACGGCAAGGAGGUCUGGGUCUUCGACAUCGACGAGACCACCCUCUCCAACCUCCCCUACUACGCCAAGCACGGCUUCGGGGCUACACCGUUCAACGCGACCAGCUUCAACGCAUACGUGCUACAGGGGAGCGCGCCAGCCCUGCCGGAGACGAAGCGGCUGUACAACAAGCUGCGCUCGAUCGGCGUCAAGCCGGUGUUCCUCACCGGCCGGACUGAGGACCAGAGGGCCAUCACCGUCACCAACCUCCGCCGCCAGGGGAUCUCUGGGUGGAUGAACCUCUUGCUGAAGCAACCCGGGUUCAAGGGCUCUGCGGUGACCUACAAGUCCGGCGAGAGGCAGAAGCUGCAGGACGCCGGGUAUGUCAUCGUCGGUAACAUCGGCGACCAGUGGAGCGACAUCCUCGGCGCGCCAGAGGGUGCCCGCACCUUCAAGCUGCCCGACCCCAUGUACUACAUCGGCUAGGCCGCCUCUGGCUCGGCCGGGCAUGCUGCCAUUGAUUUCUCGAAUAAGCUCCAUGCUCUUAGUUAUAUGCAUGUUUCGUCAGAUAAUCAAUCCCCAAUUGUUGCUUGGUUCAUUUCCAUUGUUGAGAGCUUGAGAUCAAUUGCUACUAUGAAUUAGACGUGUAAGUGGAGAUGUUGCAUGCUGCUUAAUCAAUGGAUCUUUGUUAUGUUGUU